AUGCUUCUCAAAUCCCGGCCGGCCCACUCACUUGUCGGCGCCCUGUUCAAAGCCCAACGCAAUGUUCGACUCUUGAGCGCAUCGACUAAGCCCCGCGUUUUGCUAUUGGACCCUAUCAACCUGGCUCAUGAGGAGUUGGAGUCGCUGAAGAGCGAAGCCUCCCUGAUUCCUCUCACCAGCACCGACCGGGCCUCCUUUAUCAACGAUCUGAAGAGUGACUACAAGGAUAUCACGGCUAUCUACCGUCACUUUAAGGGUACUGGCUCUAUCAACAUUACUGGCCGCUUCGACGAGGAACUUAUUUCGCAGCUUCCAUCGAGCUUGCGUUUCAUUUCUCAUAAUGGUGCUGGCUAUGACCAAAUUACGGUGGAGCCUUGCACGGCGCGCAAUAUUCAGGUGUCCAAUGUACCCUCAGUUGUGGACGACCCCACCGCGGACACAGCCCUCUUUCUUAUGCUGGGGAGCCUUCGACAAUUUAACGUCGCGCUGGCCCAGGCUCAGGCUGGCAGCUUCCACAGGGGUCUCCCCCUCUCGUCGGAUCCGCAAGGCAAACUUCUCGGCAUCCUGGGUAUGGGCGGCAUUGGCCGGGCACUCGCCAAGCGUGCGCGGGCCCUGGGCAUGACAGUCCAGUACCACAACCGCAACCAGCUUUCCGAAGACCUUGAACAAGGCGCCAAGUAUGUUACCCGUGACGAGCUGCUGUCGACCUCGGACGUCGUCUCCCUCAACCUUCCUUUGAACGCGGCGACGAAACACACGAUCUCAACUCCCGAAUUCAAAUCUAUGAAGCCGUCUGCAGUCCUCAUCAACACUGCACGGGGACCAGUCGUUGACGAAAAGGCCCUUAUCACAGCCCUGGAGUCUGGUGAAAUUGCCGGAGCCGGUCUUGACGUCUAUGAGAACGAGCCCCAAAUUCCAGCAGAACUUCUGCGGCAUCCUCGGGCUAUUUGUCUCCCCCACAUUGGUACACUGUCGUAUGAAACCCAGAAGGAAAUGGAGGCGUUCUGCCUGCGUAACAUUCGCACAGGACUGUCCACAGGCAAGCUUUCUACCUUCGUGCCCGAGCAAAAGGGCCGUUGGUAG